AUAAUAACCUUAGAAAAUAAUUUAAUUAGUUCAAUUAAAGCACUCCUGGUUUAGCUUGAAGCCAUUUCCAGCACAGUUCAAGGACCCCAGGUGGCUCCCGCACCCUAGCUUGGGCACCACUGGUUUCCAGGGGACGUUAAUGGGUGGCUGCUGCCGCUGAAGCGACUGAAAGCCUCAACCUCGGUCGGUCGCUCACCGGUGUGUAGGCUACGUGCCUCUUUCUCGUUACUUCUUGCUCCUGGGUGUCGUCGUGCUGCUGCUGGUGUGUCUGGAGGAGGGAAGACAUGAUGGUCGCGGCUAAUUCGACAAGCUCUCGUCUGUGGCAAAUGCGAAAAGUGUCGUUUUUCGGAGUGAUGGAGACAACGCGGAGACUUCAUCAACAUGGCGACAGCUGCUGCGGCCCCCUCGGCUCCUUUUGAAACCGCGACAGUUAAGCUCCCUGCCCCAACUGAGCCCCUCGCUGCCCUCUGAAGGAGCAGGAUGACAAGAUGGCACAGCUGCUUGUACCGCCCGGACCUGAAAGCUUCGUGCCCUUCGUCCCCGAGUCGCUGGCCGCCAUCGAGAGGCGCAUCGCCGAGGAGGAGGCCCGGAGACCACGGGCGGAGCGCCGCAGCGACAGCAACGAUGAAAAUGGGCCCAAGCCCAACAGUGACCUGGAGGCGGGGAAAUCUCUCCCCUUCAUCUAUGGGGAGACCCCCCCCGACUUGGUGUCCACCCCUCUGGAGGACAUUGACCCCUACUACAGCAAUCAGAAGACCUUCAUAGUAUUGAAUCGCGGGAAGGCAAUCUUCCGUUUCAACGCCACUCCUGCCUUGUACAUCUUAAGCUCCUUCAACCCUCUAAGGAGGAUAGCUAUUAGAAUUUUAGUACACUCGAUGUUCAGCAUGUUGAUCAUGUUCACCAUCCUGACCAACUGUGCUUUCAUGACGCUCAGUAAUCCCCCGGAAUGGGCCAAGAAUGUAGAGUACACAUUCACAGGGAUUUACACCUUCGAGUCCCUUAUCAAGAUCCUGGCCAGGGGCUUCUGUGUGGGGAAGUUCACCUUUCUGCGGGAUCCGUGGAACUGGCUGGAUUUCAGUGUUAUUCUCAUGGCAUAUGUCACAGAGUUUGUGGACCUGGGCAAUGUCUCAGCACUGCGAACCUUCAGGGUUCUGCGAGCCCUGAAAACUAUAUCAGUCAUCCCAGGAUUGAAGACCAUCGUUGGCGCACUGAUCCAGUCGGUAAAAAAGCUGUCGGAUGUCAUGAUCCUGACCGUGUUCUGCCUCAGCGUCUUCGCCCUCAUCGGCCUGCAGCUCUUUAUGGGCAACCUGAGGCAGAAGUGUGUGCGUUUGCCAAUCGUCAACGCCACCAACAGCAGCAACAUCACCGCUGAUGACACUAUGUUUUUCAACAACACCCUGCUGGAUAUCAACACCACGUUUGUGCAGAACACCACGGAGAACUCUUUCAACUGGACAGAGUACAUCAGUGAUGAGAGUAAUUACUAUUACCUCCCUGGCCGUAGGGAUGCUCUGCUCUGCGGGAAUGGCAGUGGCACUGGGCUCUGCCCAGAGGGCUUUACAUGUAUAAAAGCUGGUCGUAAUCCAGACUAUGGCUACACCAGCUUCGACACCUUCAGCUGGGCGUUCCUCUCCCUGUUCCGACUCAUGACCCAGGACUACUGGGAAAACCUCUACCAGCAGACUUUGCGUGCGGCGGGAAAACCCUACAUGAUCUUCUUCGUGCUGGUGAUCUUCCUGGGCUCCUUUUACCUGGUCAACCUGAUCUUGGCCGUGGUGGCCAUGGCUUAUGACGAGCAAAACCAGGCAACCAUCGAGGAGGCUCAGCAGAAGGAGGAGGAGUUCCAGGCCAUGCUGGAGCAGCUCAAGAGACAGCAGGAGGAGGCACAGGUUGCCGCGGCAGCAGCCACGGAGAGUGGAGAGUACAGCGGGAGAGGGGGCCCCACCUCUGAGUCCUCCUCAGGGACAUCUAAGCUCAGCUCGAAAAGUGCCAAGGAGCGACGCAACAGGCGGAAGAAGAGGAAGCAGAGGGAGGAGGAGGAGGAGAGGGGGGCCCGUGACAAGUUCCACAAGUCUGAGUCCGAGGACAGCAUCAAGAGAUCCAGCUUCCGUUUCUCCAUUGAUGCCAACAGACUUUCUUAUGAGAAGAGAUGCUCCUCACCCAACCAGUCUCUCCUCAGUAUUCGUGGAUCCCUCUUCUCACCUCGGAGGAACAGCCGUGCCAGCCUGUUCAGCUUCCGUGGCCGGGCCCGCGACAUGGGCUCCGAGAAUGACUUUGCUGAUGACGAGCACAGCACCUUCGAGGAGAGCGACAGCCGUCGGGGUUCCCUGUUCCUGCCGCGCCGCCUCGAGCGCCGUUGCAGCGCUAUCAGCCAGACCAGCCUUGGGGCGCCCCGGAUCAUGCUGCCCGCCAACGGCAAGAUGCACUGCACAGUAGACUGUAAUGGUGUGGUGUCGCUGGUUGGUGGAACUUCUGUAACAACCUCCCCUGUAGGUCUCCUGCUGCCUGAGGGGACAACUACAGAUACUGAGCUUAAGAAACGCCGGUCAGGUUUUCACCAGCCAUCCAUGGAUUAUUUAGAUGAACCAGGGGGCAGGCAGAGAGCCAUGAGUGUGGCCAGUAUCCUCACCAACACCAUGGAAGAGCUUGAAGAGUCAAGACAGAAAUGCCCCCCCUGCUGGUACAGAUUUGCCAACAUCGGUCUGAUCUGGGAUUGUUGCCCCGCAUGGCUGAAAAUCAAGGCAGUCGUCAGCACGGUGGUCAUGGACCCAUUUGUGGAUCUGGCCAUCACAAUUUGCAUUGUCCUCAACACCCUUUUCAUGGCCAUGGAGCAUUACCCCAUGACUAAAGAAUUCGAUAAUGUCCUCUCUGUUGGAAACCUGGUGUUCACAGGCAUCUUCACAGCAGAGAUGUGCUUCAAGAUCAUCGCCCUGGAUCCCUACUAUUACUUCCAGGAGGGUUGGAACAUCUUUGACGGCAUCAUUGUUAGCCUGAGUCUGAUGGAGCUUGGCUUGGCCAACGUAGAAGGCCUGUCUGUUCUCAGGUCCUUUAGAUUGCUGAGAGUCUUCAAGCUGGCCAAGUCAUGGCCCACUUUGAAUAUGCUGAUCAAGAUCAUUGGUAACUCAGUGGGUGCUCUGGGGAACUUGACACUGGUGCUGGCCAUCAUCGUCUUCAUCUUUGCCGUGGUGGGCAUGCAGCUGUUUGGCAAGAGCUACAAGGAGUGCGUGUGUAAGAUUUCUAAUGACUGUCAACUGCCCCGCUGGCACAUGCAUGAUUUCUUCCACUCCUUCCUCAUCGUGUUCCGGGUGCUGUGCGGAGAGUGGAUAGAGACCAUGUGGGACUGCAUGGAGGUGGCUGGACAGACCAUGUGCCUGAUCGUCUUCAUGAUGGUCAUGGUCAUUGGAAACCUGGUGGUUCUAAACCUGUUCCUGGCUCUCCUCCUGAGCUCAUUCAGCGCUGACAACCUUGCAGCAACUGACGAUGACAGUGAGAUGAACAACCUGCAGAUUGCUGUGGGCCGGAUCCAGCGGGGCAUCGCAUUUGUCAAAGCUGCGGUGCGACGGUUCCUUCAGAGCCUCUGCUUUGGCGGGGCCGGUAAGGGCUCUGGUCUGGCUGAGGAGAGCAAACCUCUUGAUGAACUGCACAGCAAUGGCAAGGGCAACUGCAUCUCCAACCACACUUCAGUGGAGAUCACCAAAGACCCCAGUGGGGUGUACACGACAGAGGGCAAUGGACGGCCAGGAGGAGGGCUGGAGGUUGGGCUUGGGGUUGGUGGGGACACUACAGGGAAGUACCCAAUGGAGGAAUGUGACUACAUGUCAUUUAUUCAUAACCCCAGCCUGACAGUCACAGUGCCCAUCGCUGUGGGCGAGUCAGACUUUGAGAACCUAAACACAGAAGAUUUCAGCAGUGACUCGUCAGAUGUGGAGGGCAGCAAAGAGGUACUGCAGUGUAACUUUGUACUCUCAUCUUCUUCUUCGACGAUGCAGAAGCUCGAUGCAGAGCCCCAGCCUCUGAGCUCAUCGGAGGGGAGCACAGUCGAUAUUCGCCCCCCAGGAGAUGGGGUGGAUUCAGUGGAGCUGGAGCCAGAGGAGUCACUGGACCCAGAGGCCUGCUUCACAGAGGGCUGUGUGAGUAGGUUCCAGUGUUGCCAGAUCAACGAGGAGGGAGGCAAAUAUAAGACCUGGUGGACACUCAGGAAAACCUGCUUUAUCAUAGUGGAGCACAACUGGUUUGAAUCCUUCAUCAUAUUCAUGAUCCUGCUCAGCAGUGGAGCACUGGCGUUUGAGGACAUUUACAUCGAGCAGCGGAGGACCAUCAAAACAAUGCUGGAGUACGCAGACAAGGUCUUCACUUACAUCUUCAUCCUAGAAAUGCUGUUGAAGUGGGUAGCAUACGGCUUUGUCAAGUACUUCACCAACGCCUGGUGCUGGCUCGACUUCCUCAUUGUAGAUGUGUCCCUGGUCAGCCUUGUAGCCAAUGCUCUGGGCUACUCUGAGCUUACCGCCAUAAAAUCUCUGAGGACACUGCGAGCCCUCCGGCCCCUGAGGGCCCUGUCUCGGUUUGAGGGCAUGAGGGUUGUGGUGAACGCGUUGCUGGGGGCCAUCCCCUCCAUCAUGAACGUGCUGUUGGUCUGCCUCAUCUUCUGGCUCAUCUUCAGCAUCAUGGGCGUCAACCUGUUUGCAGGGAAGUACUAUUACUGCGUCAACACCACCACAGGCGAUAUCUUCCCCAUCGACGUUGUCAACAACAAGACUGAGUGCCUGAAUUUGGUCAACGACAGCGCCCGCUGGAAGAAUGUCAAAAUCAACUUUGACAAUGUCGGGGCCGGCUAUCUGGCUCUGUUGCAAGUGGCAACAUUUAAGGGUUGGAUGGACAUCAUGUAUGCAGCUGUGGACUCACGAAAUGUGGAAGACCAGCCUAAUUAUGAAGUGAACUUGUACAUGUACCUCUACUUUGUCAUCUUCAUCAUCUUCGGCUCCUUCUUCACCCUCAACCUGUUCAUCGGUGUCAUCAUCGACAAUUUCAACCAGCAGAAGAAGAAGUUUGGAGGUCAGGACAUCUUCAUGACAGAAGAACAGAAGAAAUACUACAAUGCCAUGAAGAAGCUGGGUUCCAAGAAACCACAAAAACCUAUACCUCGGCCAACAAAUACAUUUCAAGGCUGCGUGUUUGACUGCAUCACAAAGCAGGCCUUCGACAUCGUGAUCAUGAUCCUCAUCUGCCUUAACAUGGUGACCAUGAUGGUGGAGACGGACGACCAGACACCGGAGAUGGACAAAAUCCUCUACUGGAUCAACCUGGUCUUCAUCGUGCUCUUCACUGGGGAGUGUGUGCUUAAGAUGAUCUCUCUGCGUCACUAUUACUUUACCAUUGGUUGGAAUAUAUUUGACUUUGUGGUGGUGAUCCUGUCCAUCGUAGGUAUGUUUUUAUCUGAAGUUAUCGAGAAGUACUUUGUGUCCCCGACACUGUUCCGAGUGAUCCGUCUGGCCAGGAUAGGCCGCAUCCUUCGCCUUAUCAAAGGUGCCAAAGGCAUCCGGACGCUUCUCUUUGCCUUGAUGAUGUCACUCCCUGCCCUGUUCAACAUCGGCCUUCUCCUCUUCCUGGUCAUGUUCAUCUACGCGAUCUUUGGCAUGUCCAACUUUGCCUACGUCAAGCGAGAGGCAGGAAUCGAUGACAUGUUCAAUUUUGAAACCUUCGGGAACAGUAUGAUCUGUUUGUUUCAGAUUACCACCUCAGCCGGGUGGGACAGCCUGCUGGCGCCCAUACUGAACAAGAGGGAGCCUGACUGUGACAGCCAGAUGGAGCACCCGGGCAACUAUUACAAAGGCAACUGUGGCAACCCAUCAGUGGGCAUCUUUUUCUUCGUCAGCUACAUCAUCAUCUGCUUCCUCAUUGUGGUCAACAUGUACAUUGCCGUCAUCCUGGAGAACUUCAGCGUGGCCACAGAGGAGAGCGCCGAACCGCUGAGCGAGGAUGACUUUGAGAUGUUCUAUGAAGUGUGGGAGCGCUUUGAUCCUGAUGCCACUCAGUUCAUGGAGUACAGCAAGCUCUCUGACUUUGCAGAUGCUCUAGAUCCACCGCUGCGCAUGCCCAAGCCUAAUAUGACCCACCUCAUCUCCAUGGACCUGCCAAUGGUGAGUGGCGAGCGCAUCCACUGCCUCGACAUCUUGUUCGCCUUCACCAAGCGAGUGUUGGGUGAGGGUGGCGAGAUGGAUGUUUUACGCGGGCAGAUGGAGGAGCGCUUCAUGGCCUCUAACCCCUCUAAGGUGUCUUACGAGCCCAUCACCACCACCCUCCGCCGCAAACAGGAGGACAUGUCGGCCGUAAUCAUCCAGAGAGCUUUCCGCCGCUACAUGAUGCGCCUGGCCAUGAAGAAGGCCUCUGCCCUCUACAAGGAGAAGCUGAAGGAGGGCAUCCGCGACCCUGACAAGGACGUGAUGGUCAUCAGCAAGUUCAAUGAGAACUCCACCUCGGACAAAACGGACAUGACCCCCUCCACAGCCUCCCCGCCCUCCUACAACAGUGUGACAAAGUCGGACAAGGACAAAUACGAGAAAGAAAAUAGGGAAAAAGAAAACAAAGGGAAAGACUUGAAAGACCGAAAGAAAUAGACUUUUUAAAAAGGAACAAAAAUAAAAAUGUAUCAGAGACAUGAGGGAAAUUUGUUUACAGCUUCUAAAGGGGGUAGAUAAAUGUACGCUUGUGUGCUGAUUGUUAGAGAUGAGGAAUGUCAGGUAGGUCUAAAGUGGGAGUGCGGUUAUGUCACAUAUGAAUACAUGGGGUCUUCUCAGAGGGGAAAUACGGAAACAAAUUAUCCAGCAGACACUGCCAGAGAUUUACUGGAACAUGGAAAAGCCUCUCUGCAAAACGCUUGUGAUUUUCCUAUUGGUUGUUGUUACUAUCUGACACACUUGAGUGUACUGUUAAGUUGUCUGUAGCUAGUGCUGCUGCUACUACUAUAAAUCCAGUGUCUUGAAUUUAACAAUCGCUGUAUCACUUAACAAGUACUCUGCAUUUUCUUGUUCAUUUUUUGGUUACAAGGUUUCUUUUUUAAUGAGAAAGAAUGUUUUCUACUUUUUUUUGUUAUUGUGAGAAUGUGUGCUUUCACUGUGUGCUUUCACUGUUGUAAAAUCACCAAGGGCAGAUAAAGUCAAUGCUGGAAACUACAACAACCAUCUGAAACUCGUACAAUGCAGGGUCAGUGCCAGAAUGCUCUUGGUUCAUACAGUAUACGAAGCUGAAACAAAAAGCAUACAGCUGAAGCGCAAUGGACAAAUACAUUGUACUCACUGGUGUGCUAUCAGUGAUUGUUUAAAUCUGUAUUGUGCUUCUAUCUGGACUGCCAUAUCCCCAUUUCAAUAGAACAUACAAGUCUCUAAUUACAGAGAAGCUGAAUGUAUGCAAGGAAUGAGACACAUUUAAAGAAAUCGUCUGACAUUUUGGGAAAUAUUCUUAGUUGCUUUUUUGCCUAGAGUUACAUGCGCAGAUUGAUACCACUCUAAUGUCUGUCCUUUUAUGUCCUUUUAUAAAAUGAAGCUAGAACCAGGAGACCGUUAGCUUAACUUAGCAUAAAGACUGGGACAUGGGAAAACAACAACAACCCUGGCUCACUCCAAAGCUCAACGGUCUGCCUACCAGCCUAUUCCAGCUAUAUAAUUUCUCCAGAGAAGAGUCGCCGCUCUGUUGAACUACAAAACCACAUUUCACUCACAAUCGUUGUCGGAGUCAGCGGCUCGUAGAGAGCACAUUAACCAACAAACAAAAGUUUCAGUGUAGCUGUUACAGAAAUAACAUUAAUUAGCUACAGCUGAUAUAAUCUACCACCGGGCAAAAGCAACGGUCAGUGCCUAUAAAUGAAAAACCUGCUAAACGUUAGCUUACCGGAUCUGUUUGGUUUUUUUUGUUGACUGGGAACUGGAUCCAAAAUGGAACCCAACCUUAAAAAUCUGUUAAAGAUCCCCUCCAGACAUGUAUUAAAAAAUACAAGUAGUCCUACUUGGAACAGUAA